AGCAACACAGAAAAUUCUGGUCCUUCCAGCUGCGGGGGAUUCCCAGGUUGAACUCUUCCGGGAAAGCUUGCUUCACCACUUGUCUUGCGAAAUCUAGCGGGCCCUCCCUCCUCUCUCUGGCUUCUUAUUCUGCAGAGCCUGAAGCCAGCGCUGAGCUAGAAAGGCUCACAAACUUGGCAGGGCAGGCCUCACGGGCAGCGUGCACCACCUGCAGCAGCGCAGAGCCGACCGCCCUGGGGACGCCUCUCCAGCAGUGAUGGAGAAAACGUGCACAGAUACACAUCUUCUUGCUAUGAAUUCCUCAGAAAAGCAAGAGACUGUCUGUAUUUUUGGGACAGGGGAUUUUGGGAAAUCACUGGGAAUUAAAAUGCUUCAGUGUGGUUAUUCUGUUGUUUUCGGAAGUCGAAAUCCCCAGAUGUCCAGCCUUCUGCCCAGGGGUGCAGAGGUCUUAAGCUAUUCGGAAGCAGCCUGGAAGUCCGACAUCAUAAUCCUAGCCAUGCACAGAGAACAUUAUGAUUUCCUCACAGAGAUAAUUGAGAUUCACAAUGGGAAAAUAUUGGUAGAUGUCAGCAACAACCUCAAAAUCAAUCAGUAUCCAGAAUCUAAUGCUGAGUAUCUUGCCCAGUUGAUGCCAGGAUCCCACGUGAUAAAAGCAUUUAACACCAUCUCAGCCUGGGCUCUCCAGUCAGGAACAUUGGAUGCAAGUCGGCAGGUGUUUGUCUGUGGAAAUGACAGCAAAGCGAAGCACAGAGUGAUGGACAUUGUUCGUGCUCUUGGACUCACUCCAUUGGAUCAAGGAUCUCUCAUGGCAGCCAAAGAAAUUGAGAACUACCCUCUGCAACUGUUUCCAAUGUGGAGGCUCCCUUUCUAUUUGUCUGCUGUGCUGUGCGUCUUCUUCUUUGUCUACUGUGCUGUAAGAGAAGUGAUCUACCCUUAUGUGUACUCAAAGACAGAUAAUACAUUUCGCCUGGUUAUUUCCAUUCCAAAUCGUGUCUUUCCAAUAACAGCACUGACACUACUUGCCUUGGUUUACCUCCCUGGUGUUAUAGCUGCCAUUCUACAGCUCUACCGAGGUACAAAAUACCGCCGAUUCCCAGACUGGCUUGACCACUGGAUGCUUUGCAGAAAGCAGCUUGGCUUGGUAGCUCUGGGGUUUGCCUUCCUUCACGUCAUCUACACACUUGUGAUUCCUAUUCGUUACUAUGUGCGAUGGAGGUUGAGAAACAUAACCAUUACUCAGGUUCUGGCCAACAAGGACAACACAUUUAGUACCUCUUCAGCCUGGCUCAGUGAUUUGUAUGUGGCCCUGGGAAUCCUGGGAUUUUUUCUGUUUGUUCUCCUGGGAAUCACUUCCUUGCCAUCAGUGAGCAACAUGGUCAACUGGAGAGAGUUCCGAUUCAUCCAGUCCAAACUGGGUUAUCUUACCCUCAUCUUGUGCACAGCCCACACCCUGGUGUAUGGAGGGAAGAGAUUCCUCAGCCCUUCCAUUCUAAGAUGGUAUCUUCCUUCGGCCUAUGUGUUAGCUCUCAUCGUUCCUUGCACAGUGCUGGUGAUAAAGUUUAUCCUCAUCAUGCCGUGCGUAGACAAGACCCUGACACACAUCCGCCAGGGCUGGGAAAGGAAUUCAAAAUGCUCGAAAUCAGCAUUGAACGGAAAAUCAGAUCUCUAAAACAAAGGUGAAUUUGCCAGGAUUUCUGAACUACAGUAUUGAAUGUUUAGAGAAGAAUGAUGGGUCCUGUUAAGAAAUCUUUUUCUCUCAUCAUAGUCAGAAGUUUAUCAAUGCAGAAAGAAAUGUUGCCUGACUUUGAAAAACUAAAAUUGGAAGGAAACAUUACUUCACCUCAGGGCAGUGAUGAAUCUGUGUGAGUCUCUGUGGCUUCUUUUCCCAGAAGCCCAGGAGCUGCCACUGUGGUAAGAUUUGCAGAUUCACACUAAGAAGCUUCUUAAUUGUGGGCAACAUGAAUGAUGUAACGUUUUUGCAAAAUCCAGGAAUCGUGUAUGCAACUUCCUUCUCUAAUUUAAGGGCUGAGGUAAGUGAAGGAAAAAGCAACAGUGGUGGUUAGGCUUAGAAUGCCUAAAGAAGAGUCCCAAGUGAAGUAAAAGGAAUGAGAUUUUUGUUUGUUUGUUUCUUUAAUGGAAGUAAUGGUGAUCACAAACAUUGUCAUACUGAUUAUGGUUGUUUGUGGUACAACACUAAGAAUCAAAGACAGGGCUUUCUGCAGACUAAACAAAUGCUAUGUUUCUGAGCUACAUCUCCAGCCUUGCCAUAGUGAAUUCUAUAGUCAUAUGAACCCCUUGACCCCUUGAGUUUGCUUUUUAAUAUGGAUGUUUACUAUUGGGAAAUACUUCAUAGUGAAAAAAAAAUCACAGUUGGAGGUAAUCAUUCAUUGUCUGCAUGGACAUCUAUAUUUGUUGUUAGAAGAUUCUUCCUCUAUAAGGACUGGGUAGAGGAGAGACUAAGCGUGGCGAGAUGUCCAUUUGGAUUUUUCAAUGAGUACUAUGCAAGAAGGAACUGAUAAAGGCCCUUACAUAAAAGGUCAAGCAAGCCAGAAUUUCAGCUAGCAAGCUAAGUCAAUACUAUAAAGUUUCACUACUCACAGUUUGGUAUUAGCUAGGUAUUGUGGUAUGCAUAAAUUUUAUAUUCCAAAUAUUGUUCAAUGUUAAUCAUCUGUGAAAUUAAUUUUUAGUAUAAAAGUGUAAUUUCAAUAAUCUGUCUCAGUCCAUUAUAAUUUGAAGCAGUAAAUUUAAAUUAUCUAAAACUGUAAAUUUGACAAAUACAUAGAUAAGAAAGAAGGCUGGAAAGUCUCUGCUGAGAGGUCUGAGCUGUGGUUGUCGCAUGAGAUUUGCUUUGUUCUCAAAUCUUUGCUAAAGGGGACUGGUCUGGCUCUCUGUGUGGAUAGUGCCUUUUCCAAGGUGAUCUUCAGCAGGAUUAACCUUCCUAGCUCAAACAUGGAGCUAAAAGGAGAUUUUUGCACCUUCUUUCCACGUAUCACUGAAAUAACUAAAAGGAAUUAGGUUUAACAUUUUUCUGCUUAAUCUAUAAAGGUUUUUUAUUUUUUCAUUUUAACAUUUAUUGUCACAUGUUAUACAUAACAUCAUACAAAAUGAUUUAAAUGUAUUACAACAUUGCUCACAAUCCAUAUUUUUCUAUAAAGGUUUUAUUACAUAAAAAUGAGCAUUUAACUAUUGCCCUGAAUAUAUAAUAUAUAUCCAGCUUUUACUAAAACAAAAAUUGAGAUGUUUUUAUACUAACAACACAUUUCUGUAUUCUUUAGAAUAUUUGCCAAGAGUCAAGAUUAAAAAAUUAAAAUAGUAUUUGAUAGCAUGUUGUAUAUUGCAGUUUCUAAUGCGACCUCAUCAACCCAGUGGCACUGGAUAAGGGUAGUUGACUUUAUCACACCAUUACAGAUUUGGGGUUUUACUUCAACUUUGUUUUCUCAUAAAUAGCUACAAUGGUUUGAAGGAUAUGCUCCUCUAAAUUAUCUUCGAUCACCCAAGCAACUGAAAGGCUCUGAGAAGAGCUGGUGCAUGUGGGGCCAACCCUGGAGCAUCAGUGAAGAUUCUUGGAAGCAUCACUACUUAUCCAUGUUGCGCAGAACAUCCAAGGGUACUGGGGCUGGCCGGAACAUUGACUGAUUAAGCUAAAACACCAUUUCAGUAAGAUUCCAGUUUCAAUAGGAGCCAUAUCCAUCAUGAAAAAUAGAACAUAAAACACUCUACUGUUUGUAAAAUGCUCUAUCAAGGUACCUAAUAAAAACAUCCAUUAUGCAUGAAAUUAAAGAGAGCCCUGGUUGGUUUGGGCAUAAUAGUUGUGUUGCCAGGCUUGACCUUUGGCCACAACCACAAAAGCUCUGAGCCCCACCAACUGGUCAGAGAAAGACAAAGUUCUUCCAUCCUUCACAACACCAUUCCCUACUGCUCAAAACAGGGCCAAGCUGGACCGUGUUAACAGGUGGAGAGAAUGAGUUUUGAACAGAUGGAAAUUGAUAUGUUGAGUGACCUAUAUUUCUUUUAACAGAGACAAAUUGUUCUACAUAAAAAAGUUACACUAAGAGGGGCAUGGCCGCAGACACCUGUAAUCUCCAGUGGGAGGAUAAAGGUCAACCUAGGCUACUAAGACCUUGUCUCAAAAAAAAAGAGCCAAAAUAAAUAUAAGAAGAAAAGUUACUUCUUUACUGUUUGUAUGAUUCCUGUAUUCUAGGAUUUUUUUUUUCAUUUUUAAUUAUUUUAUUCAGUUUUUGUGCAUUUCAUAUAAUACAUCUUAAUCAAAUUUAGACACCCCUCCUUCCGGCUACCCACCCCUCAUAGCCCCACACACACACAAGCUAUCAGGUAGUCUGU